AUGGAAACACUCCAGAGCGAGGACGGACAGCAUUUCGUACAGUCGCUUGCUCGCUUCAUCCGACAACAUGAAAAAGCCUUGGCCAACAGCCUGCAGCUCUCCGUACACAGGACGAACUCGUCCACCACGAGCACCUCUCCAACAACGACCAGUGUCUCUGGUCUGGCCUCCACAAAGUCUUCCACUCCGUCGGCCGCGUCAAGCUACCCGCUGGCGGCCCUCUCCAAUUCAUGGGUGUUCCUCAAAUUCCUCAAUGUCAAGGCUGCGCACCUUACCCUUACGCCGCAUCAUUUGUACUAUCUUUUGUCCCAGAUAGAAGAGCUGGAUAUUGAUGUCGGGCCCAUGAAUGUUCGCAUGGAGAGCAUUCAUGCCGAGCUCUCUCAAUCCAAUUACAUUUCCUUCCUUGGGCCCAAGAGCAGCAAGCCGCGAUCUGAUCGGGACUCCAUACAUUCCGUGUCCAGCAUGCGAAGCGUGAUGUCUAGCAUGACCACCUUCUGGUCAACCUUUGUUCGCUCUGCCGACUCAAAGAGCGAGAAGGCUAAGGCCCAAAUGGAGACCGAUCUAAAGUAUCUCUAUUCUGCCUUCACCAAGCUGCCCUCUCUACGACUUACCGCAGAUCACCGCACGCCGCUCAUCAAAGGAUAUGAAGAGUUUCCCUUUGAUACUGCUGUCCCUCUCUGGAGCUUCAAGAACAUUCAGCAGCUAGAUAUUGUUGACCUUGACUUCCGCUCAUUUCAAGGAUGGGACCGCCUGGCUGAACAACUCGUUAUGCUUACCGUCAAACGUGCGAACCUGGAUGAUCCGACUGAGUUGCUCACCGACAUUGUCUUGGAUGACGUUGAGAAGAAGCGCCGGCGAUCCACGAGGGGUGGCCAAGGCUCUCCGACCCCAACCGCUUCCUGGACAGUGCCAUCUACUCCUCGAGGGGAGUAUGCACGUUCUCACUCUGACCCUGGCUCGCCUGCAGAUGGCAGUCCCAAGCCUGAUGAGCAUGGCUUUCACAAAGACAGCAUUGCUUUAGCUGGGAGUGCGUCGCCCAAGCGUCCAAGUGCAGCUCGGCCUACUAGCGCAUAUCGGCAUGCUCGAGCACACUCUACGAAGAUCAAUCGGUCGGGCUCGGGCAGUUCCAAUUCGAGCGAGGCCUCGAUACAUCCGCAACGUGCAGACAGCAGCCCCAGUCUCUCGGGCUUGGGCAUCCUUCCCACAAAUAAAUGGCACCGGCUGAAAUAUCUCUCUUUGGCCGACAAUGGUCUCAUGCAUAUCACAGCCAAGAGUCUAUGUCCAGUAGCCGGGACUUUGAGGUCGUUGAAUUUAUCGAACAAUCUCUUCACAGAGAUACCCGAUGCUGUGGCCUCAUUGACACAGUUGGCUUCCUUAGACCUAUCGAAUUGCAUGAUAACAUCGCUGCAGUCGUUGACAAAAUGCCCACUUCCAGCAAUUAGCACUCUCGUGCUCAAGUCAAACCGUCUACAAACCUUGACAGGAAUCGAAAGACUUCUGUCCCUGGAACUAGUUGAUAUUCAAGAUAAUGCACUUACCGACCCGGAUGAGAUCAGGAGACUGACCAAUCUACCCAACUUGCGCAGCAUUUGGGUCAAGCAUAACCCGUUCUGCAGAAUUCACACCGGAUAUCGUGUGAAGAUACUCAACCUCUUCCGUGCAACGCCCGGCUAUGUGGAAGACAUCAUCAUUGAUAACAGCGGGCCGGGCUACGCGGAGAAGAAACAGCUUCUCGAUCGAGUGCCUGAGAAGGAGCACAAGAUGCCCACGGUGAGGAUAGCACCAACACCACGUGUGCUGCAAAGCGAGCCGGCCGAGCCCGGCGCCGCCGAGGCGCACGAAGUACCCCAGAUAUCGAAGCCGUCGACGAGGCGUAAGAAGCACAGUCGGCGCAACAUUGUGGACCUGGCGCACGAUGACACGCCAUGGCAACCACAUUCACCCAUUAUCGGCCGAUCUCGCCCGUCCAAUGACUCGAGACGGUCGACAGAUGGAAUCACUGCCGGCCGAACCGAGCGCAUUCCUGAAAGAAGCGUACAGAUAAUGCAGUCCAUGAAGAUGGAGCCCCAGCAAGAACGGCGUGCGGCGGCUGCCGCUGCCGCUGCCGCUGCAGUUGAAGAUGAAAUUGAGAUGAAUCCUGAUGAGACAUUGCAGGAUGAUGAGUUUCGCAAUCAGGCCGAGGCUCUGCGACGAGAACUCGGCAGUAACUGGCUGAGCGCACUGCCCGACCAACGAUGGCACGCCAGUCAUCAAGUGGAUCUUCAGCGCAUGCAGCAAAUACAGCAAAUGCAGGGCAUCGGUACCGUACCUGGUCUGCAUCGAGCAAACACGAUGGUAGCGACAAGUGGGAGGACACUAGGAUGA